AGGACUGGAUGUGACAGCAGGCAGAAGAGCACUUAGCAGCUUAUUCAGUGUCCGAUUCAGAUUCCGGCAAGGAUCCAAGCAUGGAAUGCUGCCGUCGGGCAACUCCUGGCAUACCGCUCCUCCUUCUGGCUUUCCUGCUCCUGAGCUCCAGGGCAGCACGCUCCGAGGAGGACCGCGAUGGCCUAUGGGACGCCUGGGGCCCGUGGAGCGAGUGCUCACGCACCUGCGGCGGAGGGGCCUCCUACUCCCUGAGACGCUGCCUCAGCAGCAAGAGCUGUGAAGGAAGAAAUAUUCGAUAUAGGACAUGCAGUAACGUGGACUGCCCACCCGAAGCAGGAGAUUUCCGAGCUCAGCAAUGCUCUGCUCAUAAUGAUGUCAAGCACCAUGGCCAGUUUUAUGAAUGGCUUCCUGUGUCUAAUGACCCCGACAACCCCUGUUCACUAAAGUGUCAAGCCAAGGGAACAACCCUGGUUGUUGAACUAGCACCAAAGGUGUUAGAUGGAACUCGUUGCUAUACCGAAUCACUGGAUAUGUGCAUCAGUGGUUUAUGCCAGAUCGUUGGCUGUGACCACCAGCUGGGAAGCACCGUCAAGGAGGAUAACUGUGGGGUCUGCAAUGGAGAUGGGUCCACCUGCCGGCUGGUCCGAGGGCAGUAUAAAUCCCAGCUCUCUGCAACUAAAUUGGAUGAUACCGUGGUUGCCAUUCCCUACGGAAGUAGACACAUUCGCCUUGUCCUAAAAGGACCUGAUCACUUGUAUUUGGAAACCAAAACCCUCCAAGGGGCUAAAGGUGAAAAAAGCCUCAGCUCUACAGGAACAUUUCUCGUGGACAAUUCUACUGUGGACUUCCAGAAAUUUCCAGACAAAGAGAUUCUGAGAAUGGCUGGACCACUGACAGCAGAUUUCAUCGUCAAGAUCCGUGACUCAGGGCCCACAGAUAGCACGGUCCAGUUCAUCUUCUACCAGCCUAUCAUCCACCGGUGGAGGGAGACGGAUUUUUUCCCCUGCUCAGCAACCUGUGGAGGAGGUUACCAGCUGACAUCGGCUGAGUGUUAUGAUCUCCGUAGCAACCGAGUGGUUGCGGAUCAGUACUGUCACUAUUACCCAGAGAACAUCAAACCCAAACCCAAGCUUCAGGAGUGUAACUUGGAUCCUUGUCCAGCCAGUGACGGAUACAAGCAGAUCAUGCCUUAUGACCUCUACCAUCCCCUUCCUCGGUGGGAGGCCACCCCGUGGACCGCCUGCUCCUCCUCGUGUGGGGGGGGCAUCCAGAGCCGGGCAGUUUCCUGUGUGGAGGAGGACAUCCAGGGGCAUGUGACUUCAGUGGAAGAGUGGAAAUGCAUGUACACCCCUAAGAUGCCCAUCGUGCAGCCCUGCAACAUUUUUGACUGCCCUAAAUGGCUGGCACAGGAGUGGUCUCCGUGCACAGUGACAUGUGGCCAGGGUCUCAGAUACCGUGUGGUCCUCUGCAUUGACCACCGAGGAAUGCACACGGGAGGCUGCAGCCCCAAAACAAAGCCCCACAUAAAAGAGGAAUGCAUCAUACCCACUCCCUGCUACAAGCCCAAAGAGAAACUUCCAGUAGAGGCCAAGCUACCGUGGUACAAGCAAGCUCAAGAGCUAGAAGAGGGAGCUGCUGUGUCAGAAGAGCCCUCGUUCAUCCCAGAGGCCUGGUCGGCCUGCACAGUCACUUGUGGUAUGGGGACCCAGGUGCGAGUAGUCAAGUGCCAAGUGCUCCUGUCUUUCUCUCAGUCCGUGGCUGACCUGCCGGUGGAUGAGUGCGAAGGGCCCAAGCCAGCAUCCCAGCGUGCCUGUUAUGCAGGACCUUGCAAUGGGGAAAUUCCUGAGUUUAACCCGGACUCCACAGAUGGGCUCUUGGGUGGCCUGCAGGAACUGGAUGAGCUGUAUGACUGGGAGUAUGAAGGGUUCACCAAGUGCUCUGAGUCAUGUGGAGGAGGUGUCCAGGAGGCUGUAGUGAGCUGCCUGAACAAACAGACUCGGGAGCUUGCUGAUGAGAACCUGUGCGUGACCAGCCGCCGGCCCCCACAGCUCCUGAAAUCCUGCAAUUUGGGUCCUUGCCCAGCAAGGUGGGAAAUUGGCAAGUGGAGUCCAUGUAGUCUCACCUGUGGUGUAGGCCUGCAGACCAGAGAUGUCUUCUGCUCUCACCUGCUUUCCAGAGAAUUGAAUGAAAUGGUAAUCCUGGCUGAUGAUCUGUGUCGCCACCCUAAACCUAGUACGGUGCAAGCUUGCAACCGCUUCAAUUGCCCCCCAGCAUGGUACCCUGCACAGUGGCAACCGUGUUCCAGGACGUGUGGUGGAGGUGUUCAGAAACGUGAGGUUCUUUGCAAACAGCGCAUGGCUGAUGGUAGCUUCCUGGAGCUUCCGGAGACCUUCUGUUCGGCCUCCAAGCCGACUUCCCAGCAAGCCUGCAAGAAAGAGGACUGCCCCAGUGAGUGGCUCCUCUCAGACUGGACAGAGUGUUCCACGAGCUGCGGGGAGGGUACCCAGACUCGAAGUGCCAUUUGCCGGAAGGUGCUGAAAACCGGGGUCUCCACAGUUGUCAAUUCCACCCUGUGCCCUCCCCUGCCUUUCUCUUCCUCCAUCAGGCCCUGCAUGCUGGCAACCUGUGCAAGGCCUGGGCGGCCAUCCACAAAGCACAGCCCUCACAUCGCAGCUGCGCGGAACGUUUACAUCCAGACUCGCAGGCAGAGGAAGCUGCAUUUCAUCGUGGGUGGGUUUGCUUAUCUGCUUCCUAAGACGGCUGUGGUGCUCCGGUGCCCCACGCGCAGGUUCCGCAAGCCCCUCAUCACCUGGGAGAAAGAUGGCCAGCAUCUCAUCAGCUCCGCUCACAUCACAGUGGCACCUUUUGGCUACCUGAAGAUCCAUCGUCUCAGGCCCUCAGAUGCGGGCAUCUACACCUGUUCUGCAGGACCCGCCCGGGAGCAGUUUGUGAUUAAGCUCAUUGGAGGCAAUCAUAAGCUUGUGGCCCGGCCCCUGAGCCUGCGGAGUGAGGAGGAGGCCCUGGCAGUGAGGAAGGUCAGCCCCAAGGAGGCCCUGCAGACCCAUAAGCACCAGAACGGGAUCUUCGCCAAUGGCAGCAAGGCUGAGAAGCGGGGCCUCCCUGCUGACCCAGGGAGCCGCUACGAUGACAUUGUCUCCCGGCUGCUGGAGCAGGGGGGCUGGCCCGGAGAGCUCCUGACUUCCUGGGAGGUGCAGGACUCCAUGGAAAGAAACACGUCCUCAGAGGAGGACCCGAACGCCGAGCAGGCCCUUCUGCACCUGCCCUUCACCAUGGUGACUGAGCAGAAGCGCCUGGACGACAUCCUCAGGAACCUCUCCCAGCAGCCCGAGGAGCUGCGCGACCUCUACGGCAAGCACCUGGUGGCCCAGCUGGCCCAGGACAUCUUCCGUAGCCACCUUGAGCACCAGGGCAUGCUCCUCAAGCCCUCUGAGCAGAGGUUUCCCCCCGUGGCCAUCCCUCCUCACAAACAUGUGUCUGGCUUCAGCAGCUCCCUAAGGACCUCCUCCGGGGAGGCUGGGGGCGGCUCUCGCCGGCCACACCGCAAGCCCACCAUCUUACGGAAGAUCUCAGCUGCCCAGCAGCUCUCCGCCUCGGAGGUGGUCACUCACCUUGGACAGACUGUGGCGCUGGCCAGCGGGACACUGAGUGUGCUGCUACACUGUGAGGCCAUAGGCAACCCAAGGCCUACCAUCAGCUGGGCCAGGAAUGGGGAAGAGGUUCAGUUCAGUGACAGGAUUCUUCUACAGCCAGAUGAUUCCUUACAGAUCUUGGCACCAGUGGAAGCUGAUGUGGGUUUCUAUACUUGCAAUGCCACAAAUGCCCUAGGAUAUGACUCUGUCUCCAUUGCCGUCACAUUAGCAGGAAAGCCGCUAGUGAAAACAUCGCGAAUGACCGUGGUCAACACAGAGAAGCCUGCAGUCACUGUGGAUGUAGGAAGCACCAUCAAAACAGUGCAGGGUGCCAAUGUGACAAUUAAUUGCCAAGUCGCAGGUGUGCCUGAAGCUGAAGUCACUUGGUUCAGGAAUAAAAGCAAACUGGGCUCCUCUCACCAUCUGCACGAGGGCUCCUUGCUGCUCACAAAUGUGUCCUCCUUGGAUCAGGGCCUGUACUCCUGCAGGGCAGCUAAUGUUCAUGGAGAGCUGACUGAGAACACCCAGCUCCUGAUCCUAGAUCCCCCCCACGUCCCCACACAGUUGGAAGAUAUCAAGGCCUUGCUCUCAGCCACUGGACCGAACCUGCCUUCAGUGCUGACAUCUCCUCUGGGAACACAGCUGGUCCUGGAUCCUGGGAAUUCCGCUCUCCUUGGCUGCCCUAUCAAAGGCUAUCCCACCCCCAAUAUCACCUGGUUCCAUAGUGGUCAACCAAUUGCCACCACCACAGGACUGACACAUCACAUCCUGGCAUCUGGACAGAUCCUUCAGGUUGCAAAUCUCAGUGGUGGUUCUCAAGGGGAAUUCAGCUGCCUCGCGCAGAAUGAGGCAGGGAUGCUGGUGCAGAAGGCGUCUUUGGUCAUCCAAGAUUACUGGUGGUCCGUAGACAGACUGGUGACCUGUUCAGCAUCUUGUGGCAACAGGGGUGUUCAGCAGCCCCGCCUGAGGUGUCUACUGAAUAACACGGAAGUGGAUCCUGCUCACUGUGCGGGGAAGGCCCGCCCUGCUGUGCAGCCCAUUGCCUGCAACCGGAGAGACUGCCCUUCCCGGUGGAUGGUGACUUCCUGGUCUGCCUGUACCCGGAGCUGUGGCGGAGGCAUCCAGACACGCAGAGUUACCUGUCAGAAGCUGAAAGCCUCUGGGAUCUCUACUCCUGUGUCUAACGACAUGUGUACCCAUCUAGCCAAACGGCCUGUGGACACCCAGGCCUGUAACCAACAGCUGUGUGUGGAGUGGGCCUUCUCUAACUGGGGCCAGUGCAAUGGGCCUUGCAUCGGGCCUCGCCUAGCUGUGCAACACAGACAAGUCUUCUGCCAGACACGGGAUGGCAUCACCCUACCAUCAGAGCAGUGCAGUGCCCUUCCCAGGCCUGUGAGCACCCAGAACUGCUGGUCAGAUGCCUGCAGCGUACACUGGAGGGUUAGCCUGUGGACCCUGUGCACGGCAACCUGUGGCAACUAUGGCUUCCAGUCCCGGCGGGUGGAGUGUGUGCAUGCCCGCACCAACAAGGCUGUGCCUGAGCACCUGUGCUCCUGGGGGCCCCGGCCCGCCAACUGGCAACGCUGCAACAUCACUCCAUGUGAAAACAUGGAGUGCAGAGACACCACCAGGUACUGCGAGAAGGUGAAGCAGCUGAAGCUCUGCCAACUCAGCCAGUUCAAAUCCCGCUGCUGCGGAACUUGUGGCAAAGCGUGA